AUGGAUCUGUUUGACUCCAUACUGAAUUUUGUGGUGCCCCCGGCAAGCAUGAUCAUGAUGGCCUUUGCAUGGCCAACCCUCUCCUUCAUCCAUGGGGUGGAGUGGGUCUUCAAGGGUUUGUACAGGGAGAACAUGGAGAACAAGGUUGUUGUCAUCACCGGAGCUUCGUCGGCGAUCGGAGAGCAAAUAGCGUACGAGUAUGCAAGGAGGAAGGCGAAUUUGGUCUUGGUGGCGAGGAGGGAGCACAGGCUGUUUGGGAUAAGGGAAAAUUGCAGGGUCUUGGGUGCAAAGCAAGUCCUGAUCAUUGCUGCAGAUGUUGUCAAGGAGGAGGAUUGUAAAAGAUUUAUCAGUGACACCAUUAGCUAUUUUGGCCAAUUGAAUCAUCUUGUGAACACUGCUAGUCUUGGACAUACCUUCUACUUUGAGGAGGCCUCGGACACUUCAAUUUUCCCUCAUAUGAUGGAUAUCAAUUUCUGGGGAAAUGUUUAUCCCACGUACGUCGCCCUUCCUUAUUUGAGGCAAAGCCGCGGUCGAAUCCUCGUGAAUGCAUCAGUCGAAAGCUGGUUACCGAUGCCGAGGAUGAGCCUUUACGCAGCUGCGAAGGCGGCGGUAAUAAAUUUCUACGAGUCACUUCGAUUCGAAGUGAAGGAUGACGUCGGGAUCACGAUCGCGACUCACGGGUGGGUCGGCAGCGAGCUUAGCAGCGGAAGGAUUAUGCUCGAGGAAGGAGCAGAGAUGCAGUGGAAGGAAGAGAGAGAGGUUCCGCUAACCGGAGGCCAUAUCGAAGAGUUUGCUAAGAUGAUGGUGGCGGGGGCGUGCCGCGGCGAUGCGUAUGUAAAGAACCCUAGCUGGUACGAUAUUUUUCUUUUGUACCGUGUGUUCGCCCCCGACGUUCUCGGCUGGACUUUCCGCCUGCUCCUCUCGACCAUCUCGAACCAGAGCGCGAGGAGGCCUUCGCUAGCCGGGGUGGGGUCGCGGCCUCUCCUCGAACCCGCGCCUGCCCGAAAGCCCCCUCUCGCCUUCUCCCCGGCUUCUCCACUCCAGCAGCAGCAGCAGCAGCAGAAGAAUGAGUGAAAAGUGCUUUCAGAAUAAGCUGUUAUU